CUAAGCUAGCGGUGGUGUGUCGUGGUGGCGAUGAUCAACGGGGGUCGAUGCUGGCGGGCUGUAGCUUGGCCGCGGUCCAUCAAAUUGAUAGUUUCGGGCGUUCCCGCCAGCGUCAAUUCCGCGAGCAGACGUUCUUUUUCCACUUCCGAGAUAGUUAUGGAUAAAAUCGACGACGUACGAGUUACGGAACUCACGAAUUCCGCGUACAUCAAGCCUACGCGGCUGCUUUUCAAGCAGAACGGGAGGCAAAGGAUAUGGGACCUCAUGAAGAGUCACGACAGCGUCUCGGCCGUUAUUUACAACAAAAGCAGGGAUGUCCUUGUAUUCGUCAGGCAGUUCCGACCUGCUGUAUACUAUGGUCAGAUUCCAACACAUGAGGUUGCUUCUGGCAAGCCCAUUGACACGACCAAGUAUCCAGGAACAAUGGGUCUGACACUCGAGCUGUGUGCGGGCAUCAUUGACAAUGAGAAACUGUCGUCUGCUGAAACGAUGCGUGAAGAGAUAAAGGAAGAGUGCGGUUACAAUGUGCCCUUGACCAGCAUACAGCGGGUCACAUCAUUCAGAUCUGGUGUUGGGAUCCUUGGUGCAAAGCAGGAGCUGUUUUACGUCGAAGUGACCGACGACAUGAAGCAAACCGCUGGUGGUGGUGUUGAAGAACAAGGCGAAAUGAUCGAUGUGGUUGAGCUAACCAAAGCCGAAGCCAAGAAGAUGUUGUUUGAUGAGAGCAUCAUGCGGCCCCCUGCUCUGCUCUUUGGCAUUACAUGGUUCUUAGAAGUCAAGUCGAAGCAAUAGAAAGGACUUUGUUAUUGUAUAUAAAUUAGUUCUCUAUGAUUUACAUCUUUAUAUUUGAUGUGCUGGCUGGAACUUUGACCCGCGGUGCAUUCAUUAUUAAGUGCAUAUAAUCACUGGCGAAGGAGGCUGAUGAGAGCACUACAUGAAGUCCUAUACGUACCUGCAAUCAUGGUGUUACUUGCUUCUUAGAAGCUGUUAAAUGAAAAUUUUCCUUUCCACUGUAGUCAUAUAUGCACUACUUUAGCAUUCUGCCGUGGUAAGUCAUUUGUGCUCAACCACUGAUGCUAAAUACUGUCGCACUUGAAACAGCAUAGCGUCAGAAUAUAUUUAGUCACGAUUACAUGCACAUUUUUACUCUCCACAUUUUGCCGACGCUUGGGCCCAACAUGAUUUCAUUAUGAGAUCUGCAUCAGUAUUCCACAUCAUUACAAGAUGCAAGAGUGCAAUAAAAAUGUUGCAUGAACAUGA